AUAUGAUGAUGAUGUCUCUGAACAGCAAGCAGCCUUUUGCCAUGGCUCACGCCAGCUUGCCCGAACCCAAGUACUCGUUGCAUUCCUCAUCCUCCAAUUCCAAUGCACCCUCAUCGUCCUGCUCGUCCUCCCGACACAGCAACACCAUCAUCAGCAGCAGCGGCAGCAGCUCGGAGGCGAUGCGCAGAGCCUGUCUCCCAACCCCACCGAGCAAUAUAUUCGGAGGCUUGGAUGAGAGUUUGUUGGCCCGGGCUGAAGCUCUAGCGGCGGUGGAUAUAGUCUCGCAGACCAAGAGCCACCACCACCCUCCACAUCACAGUCCCUUCAAGCCGGACGCAACCUACCACACCAUGAACACUCUCCCCUGCACCUCGUCUUCCUCCUCCUCCUCCUCGGUGCCUAUUUCUCAUCCAUCCGCCUUGUCCGGACACCACCAUCACCACCACCAUCACCACCAUCACCAGCCUCACCAGGCACUGGAGGGGGACCUGCUGGACCACAUCACCCCGGGACUGACACUAGGAGCCAUGGCAGGGCCGGAUGGCUCGGUGGUUUCCACGGCUGCGCACCCUGCCCACAUGGCGGGCAUGAACCACAUGCACCAGGCAGCCAUCAACAUGGCUCACGCCCACGGGCUACAACAGCACAUGGGCAUGAGCGACGUGGACGCCGAUCCAAGGGACUUGGAAGCCUUCGCAGAGAGGUUUAAGCAGAGACGGAUCAAACUCGGGGUUACCCAGGCGGAUGUAGGGUCAGCUUUAGCCAGCCUGAAGAUUCCUGGGGUGGGCUCCCUCAGCCAGAGCACCAUCUGCCGAUUCGAGUCCCUCACGCUCUCUCACAACAACAUGAUUGCUUUGAAGCCCAUCCUGCAAGCUUGGCUAGAAGAAGCCGAGAAAUCACACAGGGAGAAACUUAAUAAACCCGAGUUGUUCAACGGCGCGGAGAAGAAGAGGAAGCGCACGUCGAUAGCCGCGCCAGAGAAGAGAUCACUGGAGGCCUAUUUUGCCAUUCAGCCGCGUCCCUCCUCGGAGAAAAUCGCAGCAAUCGCAGAGAAGCUGGACCUGAAAAAGAACGUGGUGCGGGUCUGGUUUUGCAACCAGCGACAGAAACAGAAACGAAUGAAAUACUCUGCAUGCGUCUAAAAUCGCUUUAAACCACCGCCCACUAAAAGACUCGGGACUGUUUAGAGACGAUUUGUAUCAUAUUUCCUAUCUCGCACCGUUUUUUCAAUCAUCGAUGACUUUGUGCUUUGAACUUCGAAAAAUUCCUAAAAAAUUGAACAAUGACUGAAAAAAACAAACACCCACAGUCACGUCUUUUACUCGCUGAGGGGGAGACGUGGA